AUGGAUGACAUCCUGGGGGACCUGCUGGGAGAUGAUGAGCCACCCAGACAGAAGACAAGCUCCUCUGGGAGACAGAGAACACCUGAGAAAUCAAAAGUAGACUUUGAUGAUGACUUCUAUGCCAAUCUAGCAGCUGAAGCUGAUGAUGAUGAGAUGUCAGAGGUGUCUGAGGCAGAUCCUCAACAAGUGAUUGGAUCAAUGGGGGACAUUGAUGACAUGGAUGCAGAAUUGUUUGGCAGCUCCCUGAAGAGAAAGAAAACCCCACCCUCCAGGGGCAGUGCUGUCAGUACCCCACCUUCCAGGGGUGGGGACAACAAACCCUCAUCCCCCUCUCUCAAAACAAAGUCUGGCUCCCCUACAUCUGCAAGGAAGUCUGUAACUUUUUCUGACAACAAGAAGCCGCCCACCACCAGUUCUGAUGUCAGCAGUUCUUACAAUUUGGACAUCUCUGUGUCUGUGGGACCUGACAAGGACUCCAGUGCCCAUGAGCCAAAGGACAGCCAGUCUCCAGACCCUACCAGGAAAUCUAGUCCCAGGGGAUACAAGGGCAAGAAAUUCCAGACAGACUUUGGAGAUUUUGAUGAGGAUGACCCACUGAAGGGUUUACUGUCAGAUGAUGAAGAUGCCCAGCCAAAGAAGAAGAAACCUGCCAAGAAAACACCCCAAAGAAAAGAGCCACAAACUCCACCUGAAGCAAAACAGGGUGGAGUAGUCCCCAGAGCUGAGGAGAUAUCUCCCAGGACAUCAGAACCUGAGAGACCACGUACCUCUCACGGCAGGAGACAGGAGGAGGGGGAGGAGGACAGGAGAGUACAGACUGCUCCUCCUGACAGCCAGGGGGAGAAGAAACAACCAGAUCUGACCUCCAGCCCCCGUCAGGAGAAAACUGCAGCCUCCAGGAGGGGCAAACCUAAGAGGGAGGAAAUCUCGUUUGACGAUGAUGAUGAUGACUUGAUGGGAACGCUGGGGUUUGAUGACAGCCCGCGGCAGGAGAAGAAGGUCGUGCAGAAGAAACAAGACGACCCGGAAGAGGAUGGUAAGUCUGCCAAGUCCAGGUUUGAUGCCCUGCUGGGAGUGGGAACAGCCAAGAAGCUCCUGGAGAGACCAGGGACAGGGGAGAGGAGGGAGUUCUCCCUGGACAAGUACAAAAAACCACAGCAAGAGGAGAAGAAAGAGAAGGAGCCCACAGAUGAAGACUUUAACUUCGGUUCCUACAUGCCGUCAGCUGCUGCCAAAACUCCUCCAUCCAGGGGGAGACCUCGAACAGGCGACCGGUCUGUCAGGUUUGAGGAUGAUGAUGACAUCUUUGGCUCCCCCCAAGGGAAGCCCCCCUCCCGAGGGGGUCGGAGAAGUGCUCUGGAUGACCUGUUAGACCCCUCCCCUGGGGCCAAGAAACCUCCAACCCCCCAGUCUGGAAAAGUGAAAACUCCUGCUGAGAAAGACAAGGACACAGACUGGCUUGGCCUGAAAGACUCGGACAGCAAGUCUAACAACCCAUCUGAUUGGCUGGGAAUGGUCUCCUCCGGCAAAACUGACCAAUCAGGUACCGUCUCUGAUUCAACUCCUGCCAAGAAGGAUGGGAAGGACACGAGUAGUUCCGUGGCGGAUUUUCUCGGGCUUGGCGAUGAGGUUGACCCUGAUACGCUGACCACGAGUACGAGAGGACACCAGGAUGCGCCGUUUCCGUCAUCUGUGGACGAGGGGAAAGUGGACAUCUUCACGGCGCCCGCUUUACGAGACCAGACCUCCCCAUUCCCGUGGGACGGCCCGACGGGUGGUCGCCCGCGGAGACGCCAGCCCGGGACGGCGGGGCCGUUAGACGGCGGGUCAAUCUCUCCGCGAGGCAUCGGGCCGCUCGACGAGGAUCCAGUUCGAGACCACCCUCCCCUCAGAAGAAGCGGAGGAGAUCCCAUGUCUCUGGAUUCUCCUGUAGACCCACUGGGUCCUGUAACUCCACUGCCUAGGAGUAGUCCUGUUAUGUUAGGGAGGGAACAAAAUCAACCACAACAGCCAGAACAGCCGAGGAGGGGUACACAGCCUGCUAGGAGAGGGCUUCAAAUGGGAGAGGGACAGCAGAACACACAGGCAUGACUGUUCCUUGUUCAGCCUCCUUCACAGCCAACCGUGGGGACCAGUCGGCCUGGGUCCUCCCCCUCCAUGCCACAGGGACACACGGCGCCGUACGGAGCCAACGAGAGGCUGAGUUUAGAACUGCAGCAGCAGGCAGACAUGUUUAAACAGCAUCAGGAGAUGUUAGCCAGACAGAACCAGGAGAUGGUCAGGCAACAACAGGAACAGAUAAAGGCCUUACACAUGCAGCAGGAGAGACUGAUGCAGCAGAUCUCACCUCGUUCUCAGAUGGCCUCUCAUUCACCAAUGGCACCCCAAUCCCAGAUGGCACCCAAUUACCAGCUGCCAACUUAUCAACUGUCUACAAUGGGACAGUCACCUGCCAGUGUCAGCGAUCUAGAAAGCAAGAUCCGACAGCUGCAGGCAGAGCGGGAUCACCUGCAGAUCAUGUUAGAGUCCAGUAAACACCGUCACCAGGAGGAACUGACCAGUGUGGAGGAAGCUCACAAGGCACGGCUACAGCUGGCCGAGGAGUCAUUCCAGCGCAGGGAAGCAAGGCUGCGAGAGGAGAAUGAUCAGCUGGUGACUCAGCACCUGGCACGGCUGAAGACAGCUGAGGAGGAGAAGGCGCAGGUGCAGGCUGCUCACCACAAGAAGGUCUUAGAGCUGCAGGCUGAGAAGUCUGAGGAACUGGAAAGGAUCAAGGAACUUCAUAGAAAAUCCAUCCAGGAGCUUCAGUCAGACCAUGAGGACCAGCUAAACAGACUCCACAGGAUGAGAGAACAGGAGAUUGAGGCAGCUACAAGUGCUACAAGACAUACUAGAAACCUCCAAUCAGUGGUGCAGAGAGUUGAGGAGAACGCCAAGAACCUUGGGCAGCUGUCCUCCAAGCUGGAGGGGCACCACAUCUCAGGCCUGGAGGAGAGAGAGACAGCAGCCAGGGAACUGGAGAGACAGCUGAAAAUGCUACAGGAGAGACUGAGUCACCAGCAGGAGGAGAACGAGAGGGAGCGGACCAGGCUGCAGGACCUGAUUGGUCGUCUGGAGGCACGGCUGACGGACCAGGGGCGUCAGCUGGAGGAGGAGAGGUGGAAGGUCAAGUCUGAACAGAACAGGGUCCAGGCCCUGCAGAAGUCUCUGGAGGAAGAGCGUCGGUACCUGUCCCAGCAGCUGGCUAUGGAGAGAGAGUCUGUACAGAGGGCCAAGAACGAGCUCAUGGAGGAACAGAAACAGGUCAUGGCACAGUGUGCUGAGGAGAGGAGGAAACUGGCAACUGAGUGGGCUGAAUUCCACACUGCAGAAAGAGUUGCCAAGGAGAGGGCCACUGACCAAUCAGCACGCAGUAUCAAGACGGACGCAGAGAGAGAGAGCACCAUCAAAUCUCUGGCACAGGAGCAGGCCACCAUUACUGUCAAGUUGAACAACCUCAGACUGGAGGAGGAUCAACUCAAGCAGGAGAAAAUUGCCUUGGAUGGGAAAAGACAGUCUCUGGAUGCAGAAGCAGAGAAGAUGGCAUACCUCAGCAAACAGGUGGCCAGGAAGUCUGAGGAGAUUGAGGCAGUGAGUUUGGAGGCUUCUCAGAACAGAGAGGAGGGACAGAGGGCGCUGGCAGCGGCACGCAGGAUCGAGGAUGAGCACAACAAGAGACUGGGCACCAUCGAGUCUCAGUUACAGUAUCUCAGGCAACAGGAGAAACAGAUGGCAGAGGAACGUCUUUCACUUGCUAAGGACAAGAGAGAUCUGGAGCAGACAAUGGGAUCAUUUGUAUGCGUCAACUGCCGCACACCUGUUAGAGAUAACAGCAGAGGCUUUGGACAGCAGCCAAUCAACAUGCAGCAAUUAGGACCUCAACCAAUCAGCUACCAGCAAGUGCCACAAUCUUUACCACAGUCCAUGAUGACCUCUCCAUCUCAGGGUCUGUCGUCACCCCAGAUAGGGAUGGGCAUGCCUUCCCAGGAGUCCUCUUACACAUCGCCACAGGUUAAUGGGAGUUUAGGGUCCCCACAACACGAGAACGGGGUAAAUCCUGUGCCUUUUCACCCUGCCAUGUCCCCGGUAGCAGCUGAUUUGGCCAGGAAGUUGUUGAAUUGGAAGAACUCAUCAGAGAGGGACAAAGAAUACUUGGACAAUGAAAAGUUUUACUUAGAAACUCUGAAACAUUCCCCGUAUCACAGCAAUAGUUCAAGUCCUCAGAAAGUGACAUGACAACAGUUUGAACCAUUUUUUGUAUGCUGCAUACUCUUUAAGGUUCUCUUAUGGUGCUGGUAGAUUUGAAUUGCUUUCUGAAUCAACUAUCUUUAUUGAUAUAACUGAACAUACAUGUAUGUACCUUUACCAAACUUUA